AUGGGUGGGAUGAUAUAAAAAUUUAAGAAUUUAUAUGCUAGACCUAAUGAAGACUUACCAACAAAAGAUGAUCCAAAAUUUCAUAAGACAAUCGAAAAUUAGAAUAUGCAUGAUAAAUAAUUAGAGAGCCUUCAAUCCCUAGAAUUCAAAGAAAUAGACAAACUAAAAAGAAAUUUCUCCAAUACUGCUGUAAGAAUGAUUUAAAUGAUGCAAGGGAAAUAACAUGACACUUAACCAUAUUAAACUCAAAAACUAUAGAUCAGAAAAACUAUAUCAGAGCUCAACUGA